AUGGACGCAUUUCACGAUCCUGAACUCGAUCUCCUUGGCGACGACACACCCGAGGACGAGUCCACGGGGUCUAUGCACGCAUUCAAGACGGCACCAAUCUUCACUGGCGACACAUUAACAGCAUUAGGAUCAUUUAACCUUCCGCAGCGCGCGCUAUAUGGGCGAGUUGUUGCCCAAAGGGCGGCCAACUUUCCUUUGCGUCUGACGACGCCUAAGCUGUACAUAAACACGAAUGCGCCAUUCAGCGCCUUGGGCUCCGGCAAAAGUCACUCCACUUCGGUUUUGCUGGAGAGCUGUCUCAUGGCGGACCCCAGACUUGGGACUUUACCUGCACCUCUCAGCGCUCUGGUAUUCCAUUUUGAUACCGCCGCGGGCGGUGGUGCCGUCCAGCCCUGCGAAGCGGCAUACUUGGCUGCACUCGAUACCGAGCGCGGUGGCAACGCAACACCCCCGAAGGUCACCGUCCUUGUCCUACCUGCCAACAUCCAACCUAUGAGACGCGUUUACGCCGGGCUGCCUUCCGUCCGCGUUGAACCUCUCCAUUUUUCCGCCGAAGACAUCAGUGGCGAGCGUCUGCUCGCCAUGAUGAAAGUUGAUGAAAAUACUCAGAUGCCUCUAUACAUGGAGGCAAUCAUGUCCAUCUUGCGCGCGAUGGAGUCAAAUUUCAGCUACGCUGCUUUCCGCGACGAGCUCAAGCGGCAGAAGCUCAACCCGGGGCAGAAGGCAAUGUUAAACCUUCGGCUCUCGCUGCUCGAUUCAUGCCUCGAGGGCGGCAACGCAAAUAAUCGAGUGUCGACCCAUUUCCGCAAGGGUCAGCUUACAAUAAUCGAUUUAUCUUCGCCGUUCAUGGACGGUUCAUCCGCGUGCGGAUUCUUCGACUUGAUUCUGGGCUUGUUCAUUGAAGCAGACAUCGACACGGCUGGGAAGCUGAUUGUACUUGAUGAAGCUCACAAGGCAGGUUUUUACUACCGUGCUAACGUUUACCUCUCCGACUCUCAGACCGGCACCUCAUCUCGCCUGACGGACUCGCUGCUGUCGGUUAUCCGCCAGCAGCGCCACCUGGCAACACGGGUCGUCAUCUCGACGCAAGAGCCCACGGUCGUCCCGACCAAAUUCCUUGACCUCUGCUCGUUUGUCAUCGCACACCGGUUCUCGUCUCCGAAAUGGCUCCGCCUACUCGCGAACCAUGUCUCUGCAGCCGAAGAAGCAUUCGACGAGCUUUUUACAAAGAUAGUGUCGCUGCGUACAGGCCAGGCCAUCAUGUUUGCGCCGAACGGCCUCGGUGUACGCGAGGAUACGGCUGCCACGCACUCCGACGGCGACUCCGGCGUAGGUUCCGACGACGAUGCGGGCAUCGUCGCGCCGCUUAGCCAAGGGUACCUGCAUGUCCAGUCCCGCCUGCGCGUGACGCGCGACGGCGGGCAAUCGAUCCUUGCCGUGAGCGACCCCGAGAGCACGACGCGCCUGGGGCGCGUGCCGGGCCAGGGAGCGGCAUCGGAAGGGACGAACAUCGGCCAGCAUGCUGAGGGAACAUCUGCACCAGCGGACCCACCUCCUGCUGAAGCCGCUGCUCCCCCAGAUUCGCAUGGCGCCGAAAAAAGUGGAGUGGUGAACGAACUUGCUGCUGAGGCCUUGCAGUCGGCUGAGCUAGGCGCCACAGCUAAGCCUAAUGACGCAGCAUCCCCGCAGCGCGCCCCAAAAUCGUCGACAUGUCCGAGCUCGAGUGCGGGUGCUACUGGCUGUUCGACACCCGCCCCUGCGAGCAGCAUGGCGGCUGCUGCUGUUCCGCCUGUUGUACCGCCCUCUGUCACUGCGCCCAAAAGAACCAUGGACCUUCGCAUUGGGAAGCAGCAUUUUAUCCCCUUGGUUAAGUUAUACCAGCAAGGACCGGUUGACGAUUCUGGAGAAGUUAAGAUGAAGCGCCUAAAGAAGGCUCUUCUGAAGGAUUGGCAGGCUAGAGGAUCAGCGGCGGACCAGCAACCGCCUAUCCGAAAGUCUCUCAACUCGGCUGUGAACGCGGGUAUACUGGUCAGAUUGCCAAAGGCUCCCGGCGGAACUAAGCCGAGAUAUAUACUGAACCCGGUCUAUUCAUUUUUGUACUGACCCUCGCCACUGCCUCUACCUUACUAUAUCUCUGAAAUAUUACGUGUAUGUCAGAGCUCGCUGCAGGACAGUGGCGCUAUUGCUUUCCUCUAGCUUAUU